AAAAAGGAACCCCCACAAAACAGAGCUGUGACAUACUCACUUUCCUUUGUUUUUGGCCGCAUCGCGCCAUUACUUUAUGCAAAAUAUGUCAGACCGCGAAGGACACUCAGGAGCUGGACCAUCGGAUGAAGAUCUGUCACUGCCGAAGGCAACGGUCGCAAAGAUGAUCAGUGAGCUACUUCCAGCUGAGGUCACAUGUGCGAAGGAGACGCGAGAUCUGGUCAUAGAGUGUUGUGUAGAAUUUAUUCACUUGAUCUCGUCAGAAGCGAACGAGAUAUGCGAGCAGGAAUCCAAGAAGACAAUAGCGCCGGAGCAUAUCAUCGCAGCACUGAAGCGGCUAGGCUUUGAUUCCUUUACGACUGAAGUUGAAGAUGUCUUGAAAGAUCACAAGCAACAACAAAAGGACCGGGAGAAGAAGGCAGACAAAAUAAAAGAUUCAGGUCUAACGCCAGAAGAACUUAUGGCAAAGCAAGAAGAGCUUUUCGCUGCAAGUCGUGCAAGAUUCGGUCAACCACAGGGGCAGCAACAGCCACCGGCGUGAACUUCAGUGGUAACGCCGAUAGUAAGCACUCAUGGUACUUGCGAUUUGCAUCAUUGUUGUAUCGGACCCUGUACAUCAGUACUUCUAAUA